CGCCCACACUCAGACCCUAACGAACUACAGAGAUCGGAAAAUAAGAGACCACCUUCGGAACGCACAGGUAACCCUCCGGCCACAACAAUCGAACUCAAAGCCACCGCAGAGACGAACCAAGAUGCUCAGCAACAACCAAGUGGGAUGGAUUUCGCUCGUUGAACGGCCGGAGACACAGAAAUCCGGCGGCUCUAAAUGGCUAGACCGGCUCCGAUCAUCCAAGGGCUUCCCACAUAGUGACUUCGUCAACCUCGAACACUUCUUGCUUCACCAUACUUCUACUUCGCUGAAUUCUCCGCCAAUUAACCCUGCUCUUCCGAGGUCGGAAGACAUCAGUUCCGAAUUGUGCUCGAAUGGAGCAGAAUUGGAGAAAGAACCGGUGCUUGAAGCUUCUGUCGAUGACAGAGGAACAAAAUUGGUCAAUGCUUUUAGCCAUGUCCUCUCUGAGCUUUUUAAUAUGGGAGAAUCGAGUAAUUAUGCAGCACAUAAAAAGGAGUCUCGAAAACAAUCGAACCCUAGGAUUUUCUCUGCUUUUACUUCGGUGGAAUUCAGUAAUGUUUCUGGCUCCAGGGAUGAACGAGGAAAACAAAGAAUAGCGUCACCCAUCAGCGAUGAUCAGACUAGAGUAGAAAUGAACGGCCAGGUGAAGCUACUGGAGCAAGGGCAGGAUUUAGUGGUGAGUGAGGAGAGAAUGGAUGCAAAUUUAUUGGGAUAUUCCAGGUGUGAGGUUACUGUGAUUGACACGAGCUGCGCGCCAUGGAAAUUUGAUAAAUUGUUGUUCAGAAAGAAGACUGCAUGGAAGGUUUGUGACAAGAGAACAAAUACACUAUAUCUAGGCAAGAAGAAGAAGAGGGAUGUAAGCGCAGAAGAUAACAAUGUUGGCGGAAUGAAGAAGCAAAACGUUUCAAUAGGAGAAGAAAGUAAAUUUCUAAACCUUGAAGGACUUCAACCACUGGAUAAACUUGAAGAUGCUUGUAAAAAGAAGUCAAACCCUGUUGGGUCUUCUCAAGAAAAGAACAUGGAUUUAUAAGAAUGGUCUACAUGCUUUUGUGGUUCUUUUUCCCCCACAAUCUUUUGUUGCAAAGCACUUAAUAUGGCGUUCUUCGUUUAUUUUUGCAGUGCACCAGAAUAAGCAAAUGUUGUUCUUAUUAAAAAGUAAAAACUUUCCCAAGUAAGAAGAUUGUUGGAAUGGGCAUCCCCUGUCAUCUGUCAGCAGACGAACAGAACCUAGGUUUGUUGUUAAAAAAUAUGGAGUAUCAUUUGCUUUUAUUUUGUUGUAACAUUCACAGUUACCUGGGAUUCGUUAUGUCGUACCGAUCCAUACAAAGAUAUCUCCAAUUCAUUUUACGUUGUUACAAAGAUAAAACAAAAUUACUUCCCCAUCCAACAUUUAAAUGCAUAUUAAGAGUUAAUGUUUAAUUAUGAUAAAAUUCUGAAUAUGAUAAAAAUUCAAUAUAUAAAAUCAGUUAUUGAAGAAGUGGGAAAUGCUCCUAUUCUUCUCAUUCCAUUUUAGCCCACGUCUUUCAUUCAUGCAACGAAAAGUUAAUACGUAGUCCUUUUUAUAUUCUACUUGAAAACCUCUUCUGUUUUCUGGUUCAUAAACGCGCUCACCAGUAUAGGCCACAAUAGAAUUGUUUGUAAUGGGUACAUAUGUAUUUCUGUAUAAUGGUAUACUUAUGUUUAGGCAUGGACCGGUUCUGGGGGGGGGGGUCCAAAUCGGGUUUUUUUGGUUGUGGGGAAAGGCCAGAAACCGGCCCAGGAUCCACCGGGACCAGACCGGGCCUAGGCGGGGUCGGGUUGUAUUUUUUUAAGUUGUUAUAAUUACUUCCAACCCCCCCCUAAAACACCCAACCCAAUCCGCCUACCACAAAAAAAUUGAAAAACCAAAAAAAAAAAAAAAUUGGGCCGGUUCCAAAGAGGUUUAGCCUGAGCCCGCCCCCGACAAUCUCCCUGAGCCGGUCCUAGGCCCGGAUCCGAUCCCGGUUAACUGGUCCAGGCCUGUCCCGCACAGUAGCGGGCUGGGCCGGUUCACGGGCCGGUCGGACCGGACCUGGGCCAUCCCUACUUAUGCUUAUUUUGUCUUGCAUCCUUAACUAUAUUUUUUUAGUGUUGUCUGAACGAAGUGUCACUAGUGGAAAUCUAUCAAUAUGCAGCAUGUCAUUUGCGGCGCUUUAAAAUUAAGCGCCUUCGAAUAAGGGGACGUGCGGCUAUUACUUAAAAAGCGCCUUUAAUUCCAUGCGGCGCCGCACGCUACAAAAUAAAUAAUACGUAGUAUUUUUUAAUUUUUUUAAAGCUCUGUGGCGCUUGUUUUAAUUUAUGUGCCGCAAUAUAUUUAUUAAAUUACUACGUCUUUUGAGUCGUCUACGUCUUUUAAAUUUAUAUUUGAAACAAGGCGGUGCCUAAAUAAUAAAGCGUCGCAACUGGCCUUGUAUAUUCGUCGAUCAGCAAUCGCUAAAAAGCAAGAAUACAGAUACGCCUAAACCCUACCCCCGUUGUUGGCGCUCUAACUGUCGAAGCACGAUCCCAUCGCCUACCACCGCGUCGGUGGUUUUUUGGAUCCCGGUCCGCCAACGCUGAUAUCUUCACCUCUUGUUGAACUUGGUCGUCUUGUCGCCUCCCGUCCAGCCGCCCCUCGCCCCUGCUGCGCCAACCCUCUUCUCUCCGGCGAUUUCUGCCUCUGUCAAGGAUUGGACCUCCCAGAACGGCGCCGAUGCUCACCAGUGUUGUCGCGCGUUCGUUCGUCGCCGCGGGCACUCACAGCUGAUGAAGAACCAACACCAAAUAAGCUUUUUAUGGGAACAAGUCUUAACUGUAAUCUCUUCAUAGGAACACCAUCCAAGACAUGCUUAGAAAAACUGGAGCAUCCUUGAAAUUCCAGCUAGCCAUUUGAGUUUAAAGGUGAAGUAUGGAGCUAGAGGCUGGGUUUGUACAUCACAUGUCUGAUAUAUGGGCAAAAACAUAUCCAAAUGAAGGAGAUCCUAAGUAUUCUAUAUGUCAGAUGGGUGGGGCAUGGCUCUCUACCCAUUUCUGGGAGCAUUAUACUUAUACAAUGGACAAGUUAACCAGUUUAGUUACUCAACCAUCGUGGACAUAGAGAAGUUUCUCUGCCAUUACUUCUGCUGCUAAAGGUAGAUCAUGUUUUUCUUAGUUUCUUAUCCGAGUUUGGUUUUUUAAGACAAACAUGUUUUUAUAAUUUUAUAAAUGAACAGGUUUAACAUAUUUUUAUAAUUUUAUAUAGGGAAAAUUACUAUAAUAAUACUAAAAGAGGGAGGAAUUCCCAUUAUAUGACUAGAAAAUGAGUUUUACUAGAAUAUGACUAAUAACCACCACACACGAGUAGGAUUUAGGGAUAGCUGCUAUUUUGUAGGCUUAGGAUUUAAUAUGCAUGUGAGGGGAAGGCUGAAAAACAAGCAACAAACUAGGGAAAAAAACUACUAGGUCAUACAUUAGGAAAUACGUGAUCUUUUAGUAAUAUGAAUAAUAAUUUUCUCUUUUAUAUAUGAACAGGUUUUGGACAGAAGUCAGGAUGCAGUGAUAUUGAGAGUUCAGUGAGCUCACAAACGUCUUUAUCCAACCAAAAUCUCCAAUGAUUGUUUUGUAAUGGAAUGGGUCUGAGCAAAAUUACGGAUUCGCAAUCUUGACCCAACAAUAUUUUCACUUGUCUCUUAGGUAUUACUAGUAUUAAAACAUGACAAUCAUCAUUUGACAGUUCAGUUGCGAAUUCCUAUGUUAUUUGCAGGCAAAAGAUUUUGAGCACCCAAAGGUAAUUCAUCAGCAUAUCUCACAUCUUUCCUAAGCUUUUGUUUAGGUGAGAGGAGGUAAAAGGAGGGAAGGAAAAAUGAGGAGAGGAUAUCUAGGAAAAGUAAAAUGCAAGAGUAAAUGUUCUGACCUUUUCCUAACUAAAAUACUUACGAGCUGGAACGUUAUUACUGUGUUUUUUGCUUUUACAAAAAAAAAGGAGCUACACGAGCAGUCCCGUACUCUACUUUAGAUAUGAUUUAUGCAUAAAUCUCUACAUUUAUUAAAAACAGACCUUCUCGGCGCGCCACCAAAGUUGGACAAUAAUGUCUGACUCAUGUAACUAGGUUGCUAGGCGCACGCACCAAGUUUUCCCUAUUAAAAGCGGUCGUAUCACAUGCGUAAUUUGGUUGUAAAAAUAAGUUUUAAUAAGUUUUAAUAUAUUGCUUCAUUAAAAUAAAAAUAAGUUUUAAUAUUUCCUAAAAUUUUGUGUAACAUGCUUCUAAAAUAUAGCGUACUAAAUAUACUCAUUCUUUUUUAUGCCUCACUAUUUGUAUCUCAUUCUUUUUUUAAUGUGUUUCAUGAUAAUAUCUAGAAUGUUUUUAAUUGAGAUGUUUUCGUGAUGAUUUCUAAAAAUACAGAAAAGGCGACAAGUAAUGUAAAAAUCGUUAAAUUAACUGCAAACUAUGUUGCCAUUGUUGAAUUUUUUGUCUCUGGUUAAAAAAUUCUUAAAUUGCAAAGACCUAUUAUUUAGAGGACCCAACACCAUAAGAAUAAAGUUCAACACUAAUAAUGAGUAUAGUCAAAAAUUAUAAGACUAAAUUCCAAAUAUCAAAUAUAAAAUUUAAAAUAUAUAGCAUUACAGCUUGCCUAGUAAAUUACCUUCACAACUAAAAUUACAUAAUAGUUCCUCGGUUUUUUAAAAUAUACACUAAUAAUAUUGUUCAAAAGUUCACAAAAGCAAUAUAUUAUUUUUAUCGUAUGAACUAUGAAGGAUCAUAAAAAGAUAUUCAUUCUAUAUGUCUCAUUUGGUUUUUGCACAAUAUUUAAUAAAGCGGUUGAAAAAAUAAAAGUUGUGCUUAAGAUUUGAAUAUAAUAAAAUGAAAUCAGGUUUUUAAAUAGCGGCUCGCUACCGCUAUAGCAGGGGUCACGGUAGGGGCCGCUACCACUACGGCCCGCUAUUCCGUUAUGAAUUUCAAAUCACGGGAAAAUCCCGCUACGCCGCCCGCUACAGCCCGCAAUUGACAUUUCCGGCAGUACGUCACGAACGGGUUGAUGUGUAAAUGUGUCUAUGUUGUGUAAAUGAACUCUUAAUGUUAUAAGUGUUCAAACAAAUAUUCACAAUGUUUGUAUUAACUUCAACGCUCAUUAAAUAUAUGUUUUGCGCAAUUGAAAAUAUUUCACGCCGUUGCAAUCACUACAGUCGGCUACAGGCCGCUACAGGCCGCUACCGCUGCCGCUACGGCUAUUUAAAACCUUGAAUGAAAUGUUGUAAACCACAUAUUUUUUUCGAAAAGGGAAAUUGGACACUUAUUUUCAAAAAGGAAAGUAAGACAAGUAAAAUAAUACGGAGGGAGUAUAAAGUAACAACAGAGAAAAAUCCUCAAAUAGUAGUAAAAUAUUGUAAAUUUAAUCCCUUAAAUAGGACUCAUGAAUGCACUCUUGUUUAAUGAGUUCUUAUUCUUUUUUUUAAUGACUAAGUAAGUACUCUAUAAUAUUUUAUAUCCAAAUAUUUUGCGGUUUGAUGGUAUCACUUUUUCCCCUUGAAAUUAGGGGUAACAGGUGAUCGCAAAGAAACCAUGGUGUGGGGUCAUGCGUGGAUUCCUUGAAAAGGGGACAGAAAAGUUACAUCGCCGCGACCCCGGGAGUGCGGGAUAUGAAUGUGGCUGCUCUUACCAGAGAUGAUUGGAGUGUUUGAAAUGUUGGUAAAAUUAAAAAGCUUUUUAAUGAGGAGGCUAAAACUAUUUUGAGUAUCCCGUAUAAACAGGAGGGUGCGAGAUGGAAUGAGUUGGGUGGGCGAACCAAGAGGGAGUUUUCUGUUCAAAGUGGUUACCGUUUGCUUGUGGGGGAGACUAGCCCGCAUGAGUGGGUUGGGUGGACAAAAAUGUGAAAUUUUCAUUUAACACCAAAAAUAAUUUUUUCACCCCAGUUCAUGAAUGGUUUACUUCCUCCUAAUGAUAAAUUAAAGAGGCGGGGUGUGGGGUUGAUCCUUUAUGCAAGGUUUGUGAACAGGAACAGGAGACAAAAUUGCACCUUUUCAGGCAUUGUAUGGUAGCUCAAUUAGUGUGGCAGCAUCUGGGACUUAUUUUUGCAAGGCAUCAAAUUUCAGGUUCUCAAUUAGGGCUGGACUCGGGCCGGUUCGGGCCCGGCCGGGCCUCAGUUCGGAAAUAUAGGGCCCGGGCCCGGCCCGCCUAUAGGCGAGUGCCGGUUCGGGCCGGGUGACCCGGCCGGGCCCCGGGUCGGGUCGGGCCUUAUAUAAUUUUUUUUUGUUAACUUAUACAUCUACUUGGAUAUUAAAAACAAUCUUCAAGUACAUUUAUGUGAAAUAAGUAAUAAGUACAUUCUGAGAAUUGAGAACAAUUAAUUCUAAUACAUUUUGUAAUAAGUAAUAAUA